UCGUGGCGGCAAGAAUGGGGCGCCGGCGGCAAGCAAUAGCGCGAGCGCGAGUACCGGGCUGCAGCAUGACGGUUGCCCUGUCGUCAUGGGUGACGGUUGCUUUUCCGAGAGUGUUCGGGCACUCGUAAACCGUCGGUAUCGAAAGAUGCUCACCAGCGGCCAGGGCGGCGCUUGUGGAAUUAAUGCGUUGUUCGGCACGGCCAGCCCAGAUGGCCUCUGGCACGCCGAUGCGAGAGGUUUCUUGCGACGGACGCUCGGCGAGACUGCAGAAGAAGUGCGCCGAAAGUGCCGCAAUGCUCGAGCGCUUGAAGAGCUGAUGAACUCGGCAUGGAAGCAUGUGAUCAAGCCGCAGGCGGAACAGCAUGCUGGUCUGAACGAUCGGAAUCUGGGCAUGCUGGCGGAAGAAAAGAGAUUGUGGGCGAAAAUAAAGGGGAAGCGCCGUGUCAUGAAUGCCUGCGCGUGCGCCGUGAAGCAAGAGAGUGAAGCGUUGUCGGUCUUCGAGCAGAAGCGCCGCGAAGUUGCAAGUGCGCUGAGAAAUUUAUGCCGGAACGACAUGAAAGAUGUUUUUUUGCGCCCGCUGCUGACUCACAUGGGCAUUCUUGACGACUACGAAUGCAUAGGCGAGGACGGGCAAUGGAAGAUCGACGUCGCUGGCACAGACACAGAGCUCGGGCAGCAUUACCGCCGCGGCAUCGUGGAGUACUGCGGGAUGAACAACGUGGACGCUUUUCUUGCGCACGUAAAUAACACGGUGGCCGAUCUGCAGGACCCGAACGUAGACAGAGCAUUCGGCGCUGGAGUUGGUGACUUUGUAGAGUUAGUGAAGGAGGCCCGCGUGCACGCGCCCGUCGUCGACGCCGGGGAGUCUGUCUUGGUGCAAGAGCCAUUCGAGGACUUCUUCACUCUUGUGUGCCCCUGUUAUUUGGAGGCCUUAUGCUCGGAUGGGUAUUAUUUGAGUGAUUUAGAGUUGAUGUUGUUGUGCGAGUGCGCAGGAUUUGAAGGAGUCGCGGCGAGUGGGCGGCAGAGGGGCAGUGCGAGCGGCGGGGGUGUGGCGAUGCACAGUGGCAGCUCGGAGGCCGCGAGUGGCCCAGGUGUGGUGGGCCAGCCUGAUAGGGUGGUCAUGCAGGCCGUCGGCGCCCGGAGGGGGGGCGCUCCGGCUGUCCACAUCAUCCCCCGUGACCUACUCGCGCCAGUGCGGGUCAUCCGGGAGGCUGAUUUCCGCGCUCUGCGUCUUUUCCGGGAGCCGACUUCGGCGCCGGAAGCGUGGGACGUGCCCGGCAUGGAGUUCGUGCCCGGGGAGCUGUGCGCGCAUCUCUGGAAAGCGUGGGGCGGAGCGGAGGCCCUCGGGCGAGUCAUGCAGGAGACUUGGGUGCAGGGAUGGUCAGGCUGGGGACGCGCAUGGGAUGCGCUGGCCGGGGCCCCCGACGCAGAGGACAAAUGCCUCAUUGUUGAAGAUCACGCGGUGAGAUUUAUGGAGUUCCUCACGGGGGCGUUGGUGUUGGAGGCUGAGACGGACGAAGAACGCGCUGCGAACAUGGCACGCGGGGGCCUGGUGGUCGGUGAAGCCCUAGGGCACGGGUCUGGCGCGAGCCUACCCGACAGUUUGUUCCAGCUCUUAGUUGAGGUGGGGUGGUGCGGGCAGGCGGUGGCGUCCCACGAGGGCCGUCGCGGCGCGUGUGCUGCGUGCGUGUCUCACCUGCAGAACGUCGGAGAUGCCUGGCUGCACCCUAGUACUCACGAUGGGGAGCUCCGACACGCAGUCCACGCAGGCGAGAUCGUGAGGUUCGCACUGACGAAUCAUGGCAUACAAGAGGCAGUUCUGCCAGAGACGAUCAUCAUGCGCGUUUACUCUCGCUUUGACGGUCAGGUGGGGUCGCGGGGGGGCGUGGACAUGAAGUUCUCCCGAGCGGAGCUGCAGGGGGAGAGGCCCGUGCUAGGCCACUGGCCGAGCGGAGAAGAUGUGUCAAAGGCGAACGGAGACGUCGCACUCGCAGUGUACAACGCGACAGGGGUGAACAUCCGCAGCACCUGUUACAGACCAGUGUGGGCGCGCGCCGAGGAGGACGCGCGGAAAAAUGCACGGCGACAGGAGGGGCACGCGGCCGAAGAAGGAAGCGGGAGAGACGUGGUGGACGACAAGGCCGCCAGAACGGGGACGGCGGCGAAACGGGCCCGUGUCACAGGGAAGAGCACUCCGGUUGGCCCGGAUUCUGCGGUCGCGGACGCGUCGCCGUCGGGUCCGACAAGCGUCGGCCGCGUAGAGGCGUCCGACGAGACAAUCCCUCCACCGCCGCCUCCACACCCGGUGCAGCGCCGGGAAGGUGCGCGCAAGGCAGGUAGAGGAGUCUCGCCCGAUGUGGCGGGGCACCCGAAGGCGGUACCCGAGUCGACGUCUGCGCGGGCCCCGAGUACGUCGGUGGACGGCACGGGUGGGCAGGCGGGUCAGAGCGGCGCGGAGAUGAGCGAAAGCCGAGCCGUGAACGCCGACACAGCCGAGAGGUCGGGCGCGGCGCACGUGUACCGCGUCCGCGCAGUCGACAACGGCCACGUGUCCGCGGACGUAAGCCGGGGAGGAAGGGAGGAAGGGCUCAAGAAAGCGGCAGGUCUCAUGAAAGAGCACCCCACCGUGCCAGCGGCCUCUGUGCACGGAGCAACGCUGGAAGGCGAGUCCAUCUUCUCCUGCGGUGCCGUGGAGCUGCCGCAUGAUCAUUGCGCUUUUGGAAAUUGCGGGUGGCGGGGUUCCAGCGAAGCGGAGCUCCGCGCGCAUGUCAUAGCCGAACAUCGCGAGACGUUGCGGGAUGUCGCGGAAACGCUUGCAUGCCACGAGAAAGACGAGGCCAGGCGGAGUGAAACACAGUGCUGGUCAGCGUACAACGAAGCGAUCGCUUGGAAAGUGCGCGAGGGGGCGCCUCUCGCAGCACUGGCGAUCGAUCGUCGAUGCCUACGCGAGUACGCGCGCAGUUUGCGGGAAGACGCCGUCCACUCUCUCGUGUGCAUGGUGUGCGCGCGAAAGUUUCCCCGCGUGGAGGGCCGCAGAGGGAACCCGAUUGAAUGGCGCGCGGUCGCGCCAAGCGGAAGCGGAUUUUUCGGGCUUCCGGACGCGUUCGUGCGGGAGAACAUGACGGUGGACGCGUACGUGGAGCGGCAUGGCGAAGUAGAUGGCGCCGGGAAGGAGAGCAGUGGCGUGCAUCUGCGGGACCGAAUGGAGGAGUUCGAGGAUUGGCGCGUGCGCGUGCCAUCAGAAGACGGGCCAAUGGAGGUUCUCUGUUGUCCGGAGGACAUGCGGUGCGACAGCGCCACAUCGCACUCUGGGAACACCGCGUGCAGCUGUUGCGAGGCCCCGUUGUGCGGCGAGUGCGGGAACGCAAUGGUUGGCGCCCGCGGCGAACCGGAAGGCGUGCCCGAGGAGAUCAUGCGCCUGGUGCCCCUGGACGAUGCGCUCGACAAGAUCCAGAUGCAGAAGGCAGCGACGCCCGUUCCGAGGCCCGACGGAGUCAAGGAAGCGGCAGAUAUAAUGGAGAGCACGAAGACGAACGCGGUGGUCUGCGAGAAGAGCAGCUUCGAUGAGAUGGACAUUAAUGCGCAAAGGAUCGAGGCCGUGCGAACCUUCGUACAAAGGCUGGAUGAGGAGUGCGUGCAUGGCGGAGCAGAUGAGACGUCGAGUUCGGGCGGGGAGGAGAGCGGCCACGGGCAACCGGAACGGGCACGUAAGCGCGUCUGCGUCCGCGAAGAGGCGGGCCCUGGGGCGGUGGAGUCGUCGCGGGAGGCGGUGGAGCGCGGCAUGCUGGAGCAGGCGAUGACAGAGAAGAAGCGCGUGGACCGCCUCCGCGUGCGCACGGGGAACGUGAUGAUGGAUCAGUUCGAGCCCUGGUACUUCGGCGUCGCGUUCGCAUUUUUGUUCAUGUACUGCACGGGCAUGCCAGUGGAGCAGCUGACGCCCGAGGAGAUCGCCGAAGGAGCGAAGCAGAUUUAUCUCGCGCUAGACGGGAAGUACGUGGACAUCAACGGCAGGAAACAGAAGGUCAAGGGCGACAUGACGAAAGUGCGGCACGUGCCAAGUCUGGGGAAAGCCGCCCACAAGCUUCUCACCCACAUCGAGCACACGUCGCGGCGCCUCUCAGGUACACAGGAAUCCCGGCGCGUGAUGAGGUUCGAGACGAACGCUCUGCGAGUCCGGUAUGGCGUUCCAAUCUUCGUAACGUUCUCGCCCGACGAAGGGCACAAUCUGCUCAUGGUCCGCCUGUCGCGCACGCGGCGGCAGGACCCUGCGCACAAGGCAGCUGAUCAUGAAGCGCAGUCGCGGCGGGCGGGAGAUCGGGAGUGGCCGCGCGUAGCCCCCGACGUAGACGAGACGCGCCUGGAUCUUCCAAUGGAUGCAGCACAGGCGCUCCGCGAGCGACCAGAUCUGCCGCAGCAGAAGAUGGCAUGGCUCCAACGACACGACAAGGAGAGUGGAGACUUGUACGGCUUCCUGCCCAUUGCAGAAGGCAUGCCAGUUGCUCUGACAGAUCACAUAGAUCGUAGCGAGGACAAGAACCUCCUGCGCGGACGCGUCGGCCGCGUUCAGUCUUGGGUUUGCGACGGGGACGGAGAGCGCGAUCGGGUCACACGCGGGGGGGAGACCAUUCUGAAAAAAACACCGAAAGUGAUUUUUGUAUUGUUCGACGAAGGCGACGACGGAAAGGGCGGACGGAAGCCGUGCGAGUGGACGAUCGAGGGAUUAAAGACGCCGGGCUUGCAUCCGGUGGUUCCGCAAAAGAAGGAGUGGUUUGUGGACAAAGGUCGGCCGCACCCGCGACUGAAAGUCAAAAGACGGCAGUUCCCGCUUGCUCCGGCCUUCGGGGUGACGGCCCAUGCGGCGCAGGGGCAAACUUUUAAGCAAGGUGUCAUAGUGGACCUGAGCAUCGGCGGGGGCACGUCCCCUUUGUCGAGCUACGUGGCACUGACGAGGGUACAGCGCCGUGAGGACAUGCUUAUCUUUCGCCCUUUCGACAUUGCGCCGUAUCAGAGGAAGGACGAACGGAGGGGCCCGGCAUUGCUGCUGCGCGCGCUGCGCGGGGAAGUCUUGGACUGGGAGGCGAUAGAGAAGGAGUUCAUGCCGUCCGGAAGGCGCGCGGUUUGCGGCUGCACGAAGUACAAGAACAUGUACCCGACGGCGUUCCCCGCUUCGCAGCACCACCCGUCGAAGUUGACCACGCGGCGCUGCGUGGACUGCCCCGAGAGACGGAGUUGCCGCGUGUGCGAGUUUCGGAAGUACGAAGAAGCGUUCGCGCCGUACCAGUGGGACCUUGCAGGGAACAGCCGAGGCAGAGGAGGAAUGUGCGCAGAGUGUGAAGAACUGAAGAAGCACCUCGUUUGCGGUCGCUGCAAGGAGAGCAAGAUCGCCACCCACUUCGCGAAGCGCGAUGUGGACGACGAGGAGCGCGUGUGCGACAAGUGUAAGAGGGAGGAGAGGAAAGAGGUGAAGCGGCGGGAGAGAGAAGCAGAACGGAAGAAGUGCACGCGGUGUGGUGAGGAGAAGCCGCGCGACUUGUAUUCUGGGUCCAUGUGGGAAGAGAGGCCCAGGCCGCGAGAAUGCAUAGAGUGCGUCGAGCGGGCCGCAGCCGAAAGGGUCGAGAAGCAGAAAGACGCACGGAAAGAGAUGAGGAAAGAGUGCACGGCUUGCGGCGCGGAGAAGCCUCAAACCGCAUUCUGUGGGAAGAUGUGGUCGAAGGUCGCCAGCAAACAGCGCAAGUGCGACGAGUGCGUGAAAGGGGCCAAAAACCAGCCCGGGUAUUGGAAGUGCGUGCAGUGUAAGAAGUCAUUCGAGACCGCGAGGUUUAGCGCGUGGUUGUCCAAGCGAACGACGCAGAGGCCGAACGGAACGCAGCGUUGUAAUGAGUGCGACGCAGACCAGGAGCGCGGCCGGAAGCGCGUGGCAGACCG